GGUAAUAAAGGUAGAUAAACGACUAUGCGAUCACAUUAGAUACAUGUUAAAAUUGUAAACGACGACUUAUUUGAAUUCUAUAAACGGCAACACGUUAAGAUAAGCGGGAGCUACAUGGAUUUGAUAAUGACCAGACAAAAGGUUAAAGGUUUUAAUUUAUUUGAAUUCUAUUAACGGCAACACGUUAAGAUAAGCGGGAGCUACGUGCAUUUGAUAAUGACCACGCAAAAGGUUAAAGGUUUUAAUUUGUCGGCGAGAAUUUAUCAGCGAAAAAGAGACAAGCCAUAAUUACAAGGAACAUUGAUUGAUCUUGAACUCAAGCAAUAUUAUGUCUGUAAGCAGCAUAUUGUCGUGUGAACCCUGUAAGUAUCGAGGCAUAACCUCGUCAGCUAUAAAAUACUGUAGCACGUGUCAGGAACAUUUAUGCAAAGAAUGUGUAGACUUUCAUAAAUCAUUUAAAAUGACGCGAGGGCAUUUACUGGUCAAUACUGAAGACCAGCAAUCGUUGAAACUAAGCCUUGAUAUGGAAAACCUCCGAAUGUGUAAACAACAUUCAAAUAAGUCAACUGAAUUCUACUGUUGGAGCCAUGAUACGUUACUGUGCAGCCUUUGUUUGUUGAAGUCGGAACAACAUAGGACCUGCAACAAAAAUAUUGUUGAAAUUGAAAGUGUCGGUAAAUCAUUAAUUGACGGUAAAUUGACCGACACAGCCAAAAUAGAACUUCGAAAUAUGAUUUCGCGCAUUCAGCAGGUGGUGAAGGAAAUGAAAGAAGUGAAAGAAUCGUCUCAGAAGAAUACUGACUUACUCAAAAGUGACAUAGAAGUGAUUCGCAGAAAACUUCUUGAAGAAUUUGAUCGCCAAACCAAAAGUAUUGUCCAAAAAGCUUCUGACAUCAACAUGGACAUUGAUGAUAAAUACGCGAAAACAAUUGAAAAACUCGAAAAAGAAAUUACAAAAGCUGAAUAUAAUGAACAAAUGUUUCAAACAGUCCUUGAAUCAGGACUAACAGAUGAUGUUUUUCGUUGUUUGAUGUCGAUUCUUGAAGAAAUUGAAGAAAUCAAGACUGAAACAGAAAAAUAUUGUGAAGAUGUUAAGAAACAAGAAAUUGUUAUGGUAAAAUCUGAGUUUUUGAAGCAGUUAGAGACCAAUGACAAGCCGUUGGUUCACUUUAAUGUAAAAGCGAAAACAGUCAAACUGAGUAAAAUUGUUCAAAAUGAACAAACUAAAGAUUAUCUGAAAAAUCAAAUGCUCACUGUCUGUGAAAUAGAAGGUGGAAAGGUCGGCAGUAAAAGUGAAAAACGCCCUAUGUUCGAUACUUUAGCAAGUUCAAGUGACGAAUUGGACAGCGGAAAAUGUAACAUCGAGGAACGGGUACGCAUAAAGAGCGCCACAGAGCAAACUAAAGCUCGUCAAGAAAAAACAGAAAAGUAUGAGUUAAAACUAAACCACGGGUUUAGCUUUAGUGUUACAACGUCGGAUAGCAAGGUUCCGUGGUUUGGGGGAAUAGCAUGUCUUCCGGACGAAAGACUAGUUUUAUCGGAUUUCAGUAAUGCUAGACUCAUUCUGUUAAACGAUGACAAUCUGAUUUUGACAACAAAGACCCUUGAUUAUGACCCCGGCCAUAUAACGCUUCUAAAUGCAAAUUGUCUGGCAGUCUGCCUGAUGAGAACAAACCAGAUUCUUUUGACUGAAAUAAAAAAGAAAACUAUAAAAGAAAUCAAGUAUGUGCAGACAAAGUUCCAUCCAAAGUGUGUGCAGCCGGUGAAAGACAAAAUGUUGGUUUCUUGUCAAGAUAUAAACGGUGGAUGGUAUCUAAGUGUUAUAACUAUUCAGGGAGAAGUAUGCCAACAGAUAAAAGCUAGAGGGCUGUUAGAUGGUCACAGAAUAGCUGUUCAACCGCUUCAAAGCGGACAAGAUGAGUUUCGAAUAAUUCAGUGUUGUGAGAUAACUAACAGACUACAAUGCUUUGAGUUUGAUGGUUCUUUAACCUUUGAUUAUGGUGUUGAUCGAGUAGCAUCUGUGGUCACAGACGCAAAUGGUUAUAUAUUUGUUAUACGGUACACAGGUGAAAUCCAGGUAUUAGGUCCAGAUGGCGAAUUCCUUUUGAAACUAUACAGGCAAUCUCUAUACAAAGCAAAAAAUGCUUCGUUCAAUCAGGCAAUGACAAAACUAUUCAUAACAAUGUUCAAAGAUCCAAAAAUCCACGUCUUGAACGUAAAACGAACGAAGUGUCAUUAGACGUUGAAUUUGCUGAUGCUUAAUGAAUGUAAAACGAACGGUGAACCAGUAGAUGUUGUGUUUUGCUGAGGCUUGCUAAAUGUAAAAGCAAACGUUUUGUCAUUAGAUAUUGAAUUUGCUGACGCUUGGUGAAUGUGAAACGAACGGUGAACCAGUAGAUGUUACGUUUUGCUGAGGCUUGCUAAAUGUAACAGCAAACGUUUUGUCAUUAGAUAUUGAAUUUGCUGACGCUUGAUGAAUGUAAAACGAACGGUGAACCAGUAGAUGUUGCGUUUGCUGAGGCUUGCUAAAUGCCAAAACAAACGCUUUGUCAUUAGAUAUUGAAUUUGCUGACGCUUGAUGAAUGUAAAACGAACAGUGAACAAGUAGAUGUUGCAUUUGAUGAGGCUUGCUAAAUGCCAAAACAAACGCUUUGUCAUUAGAUAUUGAAUUUGCUGACGCUUGAUGAAUGUAAAACGAACGGUGAACCAGUAGAUGUUGCAUUUGAUGAGGCUUGCUAAAUGCCAAAACAAACGCUUUGUCAUUAGAUAUUGAAUUUGCUGACGCUUGAUGAAUGUAAAACGAACGGUGAACCAGUAGAUGUUGUGUUUGCUGAGGCUUGAUAAAUGCCAAAACAAACGUUUUGUCAUUAGAUAUUAAAUUUGCUGACGCUUGAUGAAUGUUAAACUAACGGUGAACCAGUAGAUAUUACGUUUGCUGACGCUUGUUAAAUUGUAAACAAAUGUUUAGUCAUUUGAUAUUGAAUUUGCUGACGUAUGUUGAAUGUUAAACGAACGAUGAAACAGUAGAUACUACGUUUGCUGACGCUUGCUAAAUGUAAAACAAACGCUGAGUCAUGUUGACGUUUGUUGAAAGUGAAAUGAACGCUUUGUUACUGGAUAUUGAGUUUGAAUUUGCUCACGCUUUUUAGCUCACCUGAGCACUUUUUGGUCAAGGUGAGCUUUUGUGAUCGCCCUGUGUCCGUCGUCGUCCGUCCGUCGUCCGUCUGUCCGUCGUCGACAACAAUUUGACUGUUAACACUAUAGAGGUCACAGUUUUGGCCCUAUGUUAAUGAAACUUGGUCAGAAUGUUACCCUCAAUAAAAUAUUGAACGAGUUUGAUAUUGGGUCAUUUGGGGUCAAAAACUAGGUCACCAAGUCAAAUCAAAGGAAAAGCUUGUUAACACUCUAUAGGUCCCAAUUUUUACCCAAUCUUCAUGAAACUUGGUCAGAAUGUUACCCUUAAUAAAAUCUUGGACGAGUUAGAUAUUGGGUCAUCCGGGAUCAAAAACUAGGCCGCCAGGUCAAAUCAAAGGAAAAGCUUGUUAACAAUCUAGAGGUCACAAUUUUGGCCCAGUCUUAAUGAAACUUGUCAGAAUGUUACCCUGAAUAAAAUCUUGGGCGAGUUAGAUACAGGUGAACGAUACAGGGCCUUUAUGGCCCUCUUGUGUAAUAAAUCAAAUGCUGAGUCUUUAGAUAUUGAAUUAUCUGACGCUUGUUGAAUGUAAAAUUACGUGUAAUCGUUGCCUUUGCUGACGGUUGUAGCAACAAGCAAUUAAAAGUACGGUUUAUCGCUAGAUGAAUGGUUUCUUUGAUUCGGCUGUAAAUGCAAAAACGCAAUCGUUAUUUACUAGUGAAUUACAAAUGUGCAUGCAUGGCAAUGUUAUCUAUUGUAAACAUGCUGAUUUUACUCUAUAACAAAUGUUUACAAAUAUAGAGCAACGAAACAAUAGUUUUUAAAGAUUUUUUAAGAAUGAAGAGCUGCUACUUUGGACUUCUUAUUUCCAAUGUAUGAAAAUUUUUCAAAUGAAAUGAAUUUAACAGAUAUCUAAUGCUAAUUAGUAUGAAAACGUUGAAGAAAUGAAAAGUGAUGCCUUAAGCCAUUUUACUGACGCACUUUAACUUAAGUAACCAUAGUG